AAGAAGAAAGGCGACCUAACCUCAAAUCUUUCAUUGCUUAACAAGCAGCCACAAGUAUUCAAGUGGUUCCAGUAUCAAGAUUUGGCAAUAUCGAGUUUAAUUCCAAAUGUAAAGUUUUGAGGUAUAAAUUAAAAAACAUGAGGAACGUUUUGCUAUUCAUUUCUGCGUUAUAUUUAACAUUGGGUUUGUGCGCAUCGGAGUUCUCCGCGGAGGAUUGUUGGUCUUUAGGAUUCAAUAAGGCCAAUUUGCUAUGUUUAUCUUGCGAUCAGUUGCGAAAUUUUAAUUUAGAAGUUAUUGAAGAUCAUUGUAAAGAGUGCUGCCAUGCGGAAGAGUCUAGCACGAACAUAAAAAAGUACGCCAAAGCUGUAUUGGAAGUGUGCACCUGUAAGUUUGGUGCAUAUCCACAAAUUCAGGCGUUCAUAAAGAGUGAUCGCCCAGCAAAGUUUGCCAAUCUUCAAAUUCGAUAUGUUAGAGGGUUAGACCCAAUCAUCAAACUCUACGAUAAGGAUGGUCAUCUACAGGAAAGUGUGGCUAUUGAAAAAUGGAAUACAGAUUCGGUUGAUGAAUUUUUGAACACCCAUCUGGAUAAGGAUGAGGAAGACGAUUAUUUACAAACUAAUAGAAUUUAA